AGUUCACUUGAAGUUUUCAGUUAUGGAAUUUUUAAAUUCUGUAGCCUACCAAACUACAUAAUUUCUAAUUUUGCUCUUUAUUUCAGUGGUAAUGAUGGGCUACAUUGUGAUUCUGUGUCUGAUAAUUCUCCACUCUCUGGAGCACUGACUUCUCAGGGCUGGAAAAGGAACAUUUCCACUUUUUUUAACGGCAGGACUUCCGACAACACCUGAAAGCAGCAAAGGAAGUUAACUGGGUUGAAUAACGGGGACGUGUGUGCAUGUGCGUGUGCGUGUGCAGGAGGAGGAGCCCGAGCUCCUCCACCGUGAUAACAGCCCGCUGCUUCCACUCUGUUAUCUUCCGUUGUCCGCUGUCCGAGCUGCGGCUCUCCUCUGGACCGGAUCCAGGAUUUAUUUAUUUCUCAUGAAACUCCACUAAGAGCCGACGUGCUCCUCCCAUGGUGUCCAACGAAGACUCCCUGGCAUUCACGCGACUUUACGGAAACUAUCUGCGACCGUUUGGGGGUCUUGAAAAUCAUGGAAACGUGGUUCUGGAAUCACGUCCUCGGGUUGUCUCUGUCGGUCCUCCUGCUGGCUCUGCCGGGGCCCCUCGGGGCAGGGACCCCCAGUAACAACAGCACGGAUCCCAUAACAUCAGGAUUUUAUUAUUCAACAGCCACAGAUGAACCCAGUAGCACUGACAGUAAUGCAACUUCAUCUUUUCACUCCAGCGACAGUUUAUCACCCUCUCAGAGAAACCUUCUGCUCACACACACUGCUCCUGCUGGAAACUUCGACACUGAGCAGACACAAACCUUCACAGAAACAAGCAGCAGAUCAAUAGAAACCAUGAGUCUGUCUACUGCGCCACUCACCUCCACCCUUGUUGUAGCCACCACUGAGGCCAGCAGUAGCAGCAGCAGUGACUGGAAGGGCUUUAUGAACACAGACCAGGUACCAGAUGUCUCCCAUGCUGUGUCUCAGGAGGCCAGGCCUUCAGUGUUUACAGAGGACACCCGCCUGCCCCAGGACAGCCCAGGCACCACCUUCCAACUGGGGGAUACAACAGCCUUUGCAUCACAAACAGCCGUCCUCACUAACAGCACCUAUAUUUCCACCGUCGUCAGCCGAGCUGGGGAGAGGACUCUGCGGUCUGUCACUUCUUCAUCCAGCAACAGCACCACCUCUGUAUUUACAGAAGACUCCAACUACCAUCAGCCACCCUCUACCUGGGAUGUUCGUGCUAGGGCUACAGAGACUGAGGACUACACUCAUAGUGCACCAUCCACCAGGACAGACAGCGGGGACACAACAGACCAACACAUGACCCACUCCUUCAGCUGGAUGGCCUCAGAGACCGGAGGCCCAGCAGACCAGCACAUGACCCACUCCUUCAACAGGAUGGCUUCAGAGACCGGAGGCCCAGCAGAGUCCAGAGGAACCGAGAGUUUAACCGCAGCACAUAACGCCACCCAGCAUCAUCAGACCUCCACAUUAGAGGAGACCUCUGACUCGACACCACCUCUCAGUGUGACGGAGCCCAUCACUGGCCAAUAUGAAGUGUCGGUUUCUUCCACACCUCCUGUCACCUUAACUGCAGGAAGUCCAACCAACAUCUCAGGGACCAACCAGCAGGACUAUAAUGUUGGAACCUCCACCGAGUCUUUUGCUGCAGGCCACAGCUCCAGCACUCAGAUCCAGGAGGGCACUGAGGUUCUUUCAUACCAGACCAGAGAGGACAGUGUGGACUUGGGUCUGACCACAGCAUCCCCUACAGUCAGUAGCAGUACAUUUGAAAUUGAUGACUCUCUGACAGAGAGACCAGUGCUGGUUACUACAGGCAUCCUCACCACCACACCUGUGACCGUUACAGAAAGGUCACAGACAACUGAGCAAGAUAUUUUCAAACCUGGUGCCUCCACCACCACAACCACCCUUCCUCUACCCGCAACCUCGUCCUCCAGGUUUAGCAGCACCACUAGCAGCUCUACUCCAGAGUCACCUACCGAAGCCAGCAUCCCAUACACUACACCCUCUACCAUAACCUCCAUCUCCACCCCGGCCUUGCAGACCUCUGCAGCAUACCCAACUCAACGUGUGUCACCUAGCCAAACCCAGGGCCCCUCAGUAGGGACUGCUAACCCCACGACCGUCACCACUCUACAGAUAGAAACAAGCACAGGCACUCUGGGAGUUACCACAGCCCACAGCCCCUACAUCACCACCACCUACACCCACAGAACCCCAACCAGCAGUACAGAGGCUGUGCACACCACUGGGAAACAGACAGACAGGGAAACCACAGAGCCAGUGAUAACAACAUCACCCGCUGGCAUCCAAGCCACCAAAGCACCAUCACUACCAAGAAACCCCUGUGUGUCAAACCCCUGUAUGAACGGCGGGAUGUGUGUGAGCUAUAAAGGCCAUCACUUCACCUGUCACUGUCAGCAGGCAUGGACAGGGCCGACCUGCAACCAGGAUAUGGAUGAAUGUGAGAGAGACCCCUGUCCAGUUGGUUCCAGGUGUGUGAACACACGAGGCUCUUUCAGCUGUGAAUGUCCACUUGGCUUCGACCUCGAGGAUGGACGCACCUGCACCAGAGCAAAGACAUUUCUGGGAACAUUCCAUGUUAACAGGCAGCCACACGACCCUGUUAUCUUCAAGAGUGCCACCAUGCAUGAGAUUCAGAGAGAGAUUAUGCAGCUGCUCAAUGCCUCAUUGUCAGUCCUCCGAGGUUACAGCCGCUCUACUCUGAGUAAGAAAGAGGAGGACGGGGUUCGUAUCUUAGCUGUCAACAUGUUUUCCAUUUCUGCCGAUGUGACCAGUGCUGAGGUCUACAGCAGCAUCCAGAUGUCUCUCAGUAACUGCAGCUCCUCGUUGGCCCACUGCCGAAUGGUCCUGCACCACCAGAUCACUUAUCAUGCGGAGAGUCUAUGUGUGGCCCAGCAGACUCGGUGUGAUACAGAGCGUUCCACCUGCGCAGACGAAAAUGGCACAGCCUAUUGCCAGUGUCUUCAAGGCUACUACAAACACAAUCCCGAUGACUUGUCCUGCCUAGAAUGUGGUGAUGGCUACAAGCUAGAAAACGGUACCUGUGUCUCGUGUAUGUUUGGAUUUGGAGGAUUCAACUGUGGAAAUUUUUAUAAGCUGAUUGCAGUCGUGGUGUCACCUGCAGGGGGUGCCCUGCUCCUCAUCCUCAUUAUCGCUCUCAUUGUUACCUGCUGCAAGAAAGAUAAGAAUGACAUCAACAAGAUAAUCUUCAAGAGUGGAGACCUGCAGAUGUCCCCGUACGCAGACUUUCCCAAAAAUAACCGCAUUUCUAUGGAGUGGGGCAGAGAGACCAUAGAGAUGCAAGAGAACGGCAGCACCAAGAACCUGCUGCAGAUGUCUGAUAUUUACUAUUCUCCUGCGCUGCGCAAUUCAGACCUGGAGAGAAAUGGCCUAUACCCGUUCACGGGUCUGCCGGGCUCUCGCCACUCGUGCAUCUACCCCGCCCAGUGGAACCCCUCCUUCAUUAGUGAUGAUUCACGAAGAAGAGACUACUUCUAACUACCCCACCAUGUACACACACACACACCCUCAGUAACUUGCAGUCUCCUAUAAUGACAGAUGAAAUGUGUCAUGAUGGUUUUCUGUCACAGUGACAAUGCUAAAGUGUGAGCUGCACUGUUACUGAAAACCUAUGUGGCCAUCUGCACUUAGGGCUGCACAUUAAUCAUGUAAACGUGGUGCGUAUGUGUGCGUACUCAUGUUACUUAAGUACACAUUUUUGCAAGUAAAAUGUGUACUUGCAUGACCAUGCCAGUGUUUUAGCUCAUUUGCCUCGACUCACAUUUACUUUACACUGCUGCUGUAAUGUUAAAUAUUAUUUAAUGUGAUUUUCAUGCCUACCAGUCAGCCACAGCUUCUCAUUAGCUGUAUGUAUGAUGAAAAAACUAUUUGCACACCGUUGAAGCGUGCUGAAAGUAGAUAAUUCAUUACAGUAAACAUCAUAUCUGCUUUUCCUGUUGUCAUAAUUAUGUUGUCGCUGUCUGGUAAUGCAGUGCAGGUUUGCGUGAAAAAACAAAUGUACUGCAUUAGUGCACAGUAAUAAAUAGGACCAGAUAUGAUGUUCACUGUGUCCAUCCACUGUGCUCAUAGGAAUGAGCGUGACUUAUUGGCUGUCAGGAAUACAGGAAAACACAUUUAAAUAAAAUAAGGAAACAGCGGUGUGUAAACUAUAUUUGAUGUAUAGCAAAGAAUAUGCAACAAAGCUGAUACUGUAUGGUCCCCAAAGUGCUGAAAUGUGAUUAUGUGCAUGCCACUGCUCCAACUUGAUCAGAUUCUUCUUAGAUAACCAUCUGGACAAUAAAGUAUGAAUGGAGCAUUACAAUAAUAAACCACUGAAGGCUGAACAAAGUUUGGUUUUACAUCAACAGAAACUGAGGGACAACUUUAUAAUUUGAUGCCAACAAUUAUUUAUUCCCUUUAUGUCCUUGACCUGAACAAUGGACAUAUCAUACAUACACACUGACCGGCAUUAGAGGGUUAAACCUGUGUUUUUAUGUAUGUGUUUGGUUGAGAGCGUGAGAAAGUGUAUUUUAUGUAUUGAUAUUUGUGAGUUGUGUGUGUGUGUGUGUGUGUGUGUGCGUGUGUGUGUGUGUGUGUGUGUGUGUGAAGAGUCAUUUUGUAGACCAGAAGGAUCUUAGCUUUCAGAGAGUAUUUGAAUGUAAAGAUGUAUCAUAAUUAGUUUGCUGUUUCUGACAUUGUAUUAUUUUUUUGGACUGUUUUCAUUCUGUGUGUUUAUGUGCUCUGUUCUGGCGUUUUAGUCAGAUGUGCUUAUUUAAGUAAAAUAUUACACAGCA